UGACCCUUCUGUGUAUUCUGCCCCCAGCUGCCCCCCCCUCAUACCCUGAGAUGGCUCGAGGGUCCCAUCAGCCCCCCUCUCCAUACCCAGACCCCAGCAGGGCAGGAGACGGACAGCAGGACGGACACGGCAGCGGCUCCGCCCCCUCCAUGGAAGGCUCCUCUCCAUUAAGCCCCGCCCCUCCAGGCUCCGCCCCCUCUGCGCUGCUGUAUCAGGACCAGACGCUCCCCCCUCCACCGCUGCUGCACCUGCCGUAUGAAGCUUCGCCCCCGGCCGCCUACCUGCCUUCCGCCCCUCCCCCUCACCCCCCCCACUUGACCCACCACCCCCCCUACCAUGCCUGCCUCCCCCCUGCCACCCACUGGGGGGCGCUGCAGAGCGGAGGCGGGGCCACACGCAUUUACUGCCCCGCCCCCAACCCUGGUCACAUGGUGGGUUACAUCACGGGGCCUCCCCCCCACCACACGACCACGCACUACCUCCCCCCCGCCAUGUAGUGCUGACUGUUAGCUCCAGGCUAACAGCGCCCUGUCUGUUUAUUGAGCAGCGCUAACAGACCUGAGAACUUGAACAAAAUUAGAGAUUUAAAUGAAAGAAGAAAGACAUUGUGGGUUUCCUGUUAGCUUAUCAGCAUGUUAGGUUCACCCUGUGUGUGUAAUGAGCAGUGCUAACCAGGCUAAAAGCGCUAACAAUGUGGAAAAGAAUUUGAAAUUUAAUUUGAAAAAACGGAUUUAAGUUUGAGGAAAGAAUUUAUUUUUGCGUCAUGGUUUUUCUGUUAGCAU